AUGCCUUGGGUAUACCUGGAAAAUCCGAAACGAAGUGCGAUGCUUUGCAAGUCGGCCGCCAUGCGCCGGCGACGCCGGACGCCCUUGGGCGCGCUCGCUGGCUGGGCUUUAGGCGCCCGACGCGAUCACUCCUUCAUGGAUACAAAUUCCCCAGCUGAGGCGCAGCUCGGGUGUGUCUGGGCAGAGCCUCCGGGCUGGUGGAGGAGAAUACCAUGCCACCGAUGCCAUGCCUUCGACGACGCAAAGCCAGGAUUUCAAGAAUGUGAGCCGACAAUUCUCAGUGCAAAACGGGACGCGCGGCUCACCGAAAAGCUAGAUCUGGAAGCAGACGGGAAGAUCUACACAUCAAGGCGAGUGCUAACGCACCCUGGAUUGGUGAAGGUGCAAGAGCCCACAGGCCAUGCCAUUCAUCCCGGCAGGAGACGCCAGGCGCUGCUCCCAGGACGGCAGGAAGAGAUUGGAGCCCACUUUGGCUGGAGCAAGGAAGGCCCUGCAGCACGUCAGAGAACUCAAGGAAAAAGGACCACCUCAAUGACGAGGCCGAGGCCCCUGCGCCCGAGGAGUUCUGGCAAUGGCGCGGCAGCCGUUGCGGAUGUCCUGGAACGCGGCAACUGCAGCAGCAGAGCGCCGGCUUGGCUAAAAGGGCUAGAGAACGCAGAGUGCGCGUACAUAUUCCAAUUACGUUUCUUCUUAAAUGUCGUGUACCCACCUGAAGAAUUAGCCAACAAAUGGAAGUAUGCCGUUGGCCGUCAAGGACACACACACACACAUUGAAGCGCUGCAAAGAGAAUCUGCAAUGCUUGACAUUGGCUUAAAGCUUACCACAAGAAAACCACCCAUCACUCCCAUCAAAAGGUAAACCAUGUGAUUUAUCACAUGGGGAAAAUGAUUGCGCUGUUAGAGGGCAGGGGCUUCCUGACGUUGGCCGGGGAUAGCCCCAAAAGAGUUGGGGUUCAUGUUUUAGACACAUGUUUUGAACGACCUGGAUACCGUAGUCCAAGUUGGCACGAUCUUGUCAAGUAACUUUUUGUCACAUAUGAUGCCAGAAGACCAAAACACUUGCAGGUAUGCCCAUUGGCCGGCCAGUGACAUAGAUCAACAUCGCACUAUUGAAGGGCUCCGACGAUGUUCCGGUGGGGUUGUUAGAUCUGCUUGUGAAGAUCAGAUCUAGCGUGUUGUUUUUCCCUUUUGGUCCUUGGAACCCGUUGUAGGGAUCUAUUCCAGGAGGUCUAAAAAUAUGACCUGUAGCGGUGGCUAAUCCAACCCGGUGUGCCAAAGUUGACAUGGCAAGCCUAGGGUCAGGACCCCUAUCAUAAUGAGAGAGGCUUCUGGAGCCAUAGACCGUACGGUGAAAAGAUGUGAAGCUCGCUGAUAUGGUGUUGGUAAAAGGUUUAUGGUGUUUACAAUUUGAACUUGACCAGAUGUUUGGUUGCAUCCGAACCUUCUCCCACAUGGUGUGAUGAUUGCACUAUAGGGUUCCUAUUCAAGGUCUUCGGAUAAUCACGAAAGGUAGCUUGAGCUACCUGAGUUCUCCUUGCUUUAGCAAAAAUGUAUUACAAUCAGGAGUUGGGAUUGUGCAUUGAAUUUGGUCCUGUAAGAGAUGAUUCUGUUCGUCGGGGGGGGGGCCGAUCAAAUCCCCCCUGCGCCGGUUCACGCCGUCAUGGACUUCUACCAGGGUUACUUGUGAUUGCUUGCUACCUUUCGUUCACCCCCCCCUCUCUCAAGUGCAGCCACAUGGUCAUGGAACGUGGUCACAUGGAGGAUCCUCUACAGUUGGUAUGGGCACAAGGUUCAGUAUGUUAAUGAUACAACCAGCGCUUCAAAGCGGCACCCUUUUUUGCAGUGGAAAGCCACCAGCCAGAUGAGGCGUCUAAGGAACAUUUAGGAGGUCCUCAUCAAGUCCUCUGAACCGGCGGGCAUUGCGCUACUAAGUGUGUGUGUGUGGCCAAUCAGCACAAACUCAAGACCAAAACCAUGAACUCUAUGAAAACUCAUGUCAAGAGUUUCAGUCUCAGAUCUUUGCUCGAUUUGAGCUCAAAGAUCAAGCAGACUCUCCCGAUCUUGCUCAUGGGGAUUGUAUGAUCAUCCUUCCUGUGCCUCUUUCAAGCUCAAGCACUAUACCGCCGCAAAAUACCUGGG